AUGGAUCCAAUCAAAUACUUGUUUGAAAAGCCAGCGUUGACUGGAAGAAUUGUCUGCUGGCAAAUGUUAUUAUCAGAGUACGACAUCCAAUAUCGUGCCCAAAAAGCCAUCAAAGGAAGUGUUUUAGCCGAUCAUUUGGCCUCCCAACCUAUUGAUGAUGAUCAAUCAUUACAAGACGAUUUCCCAGACGAAGAAAUCAUGUAUUUGAAAUCAAAAGAUUAUGAAGAACCUUUACAUGGAGAAGGACCUGAUCCUGAAUCCCGGUGGGGUUUGAUAUUUGAUGGAGCUGUUAACGCUUACGGUCGAGGAAUUGGGGCAGUCAUUGUUAUGCCACAAGUCAUUAAUCAAAUCAAAGGAGAACGGGAAACCCGUCAUCCUGGCUUAAUUCCUUUCAGAGAUUAUGCCCAAAGAUUGCUAACCUUCUUCAACAAAGUUGAAUUCCAUCACAUACCGCGUGAGGAAAAUCAAAUGGCAGAUGCAUUGGCUACUCUAGCUUCCAUGUAUCAAGUGAAGUUUCCAAAUGAAGCUCCUCAAAUUACAAUCAUGCGCCUGGAUAGACCGGCUCAUGUUGUCACCGUUGAAGCUGUCACAAAUGACAAGCCAUGGUUUUAUGACAUCAAAAUCUUUUUACAAAAACAAGAGUACCAACCUGGGGCAUCUAGCAAAGACAGAAGGACUUUAAGAAGAUUGUAUGCUUGUGUGUUCCCAAUUUCCUUCUUGAAAGAAGAUGACAGUCUCUACGGGGCAAGUAAGAUGUUUCCAGCAAAGAAGUUUGGGAAUGAUAGAAGUUUCACAAUAUAUGGUUGGCCUUCUCAAAAUGAUGAAGACAGUCUGUUGAAGAACCUGAUUUUGCAAGUGAUUAGUCUCUUGGUGUAA